GUGACCUGCCUGCCUUGGAACGAUGACCCUCUGGCGCCCGAGACCAACCUUAUGAAAGAAGAGCUGGCCAAGGUGAACAGGAGAGGGAUCCUGACCAUCAAUUCCCAGCCGAAUAUCAAUGGCAAGCCCUCCAGCGACCCGAUUGUGGGCUGGGGUCCCGACGGAGGCUACGUCUUCCAGAAG